UGCAAACCUUAGUUGCAUCCAAUGGAGUAUUUAGGAUAGGCACCGCCCUCCGUGGGGAUACAGACUCGCUCAUAACGCCGUCAGUAUGUCUGCAAAAGCCCGCUUGAAAGCCGCUAAGUCGGCCAUCGACAACAAAAAAUGGGGUGAAGCGAAGGAGCAGGUAGACGCUGUGCUCGAGAAGGAUCCUCAGAACUACUUUGCAAAGCUCUUCCUCGGCCGCGCGCUCGACGGCCUGGGCAAAUUCGACGAAUCCGCCCAUGCCUACGAAGACGCAACGAAAAUCAAGCCUGACGAUGCGCAGGCAUGGCUCGGGCUACGAAGCAUAUACGAGAAACAGGCAUCCGAAAAGGUGGACGAGAACACCAAGGUUGGUCUGCGGCUGGCGGAAAUAUAUGCUCGAUCAGACGACGCCCACCGAUCCCAAUCCGCGGUGGACAAGCUCGUUGACUUUGCGCGAAAACACGGCACUAAGUUGCAAUAUUCCCAUGCCCUCAAGACUCAGCUCCCCACCAGCCCUGUCUACCCAUUUCUCGAGGGCCGCUUCCCCAGUCCCUCCGCAAUCUACAUCCGCCUCGCUGAGGUCAAUGAAGAGUACGAGGCAGAACGUAUCGCCAAGCUUAUUGGAGCGCGCAGGGCACGGCUCGGCGCUACGCUGGGCAAUGUUACAGAAGAGGUUAAGAGGGAGGUGUACGAGAAGAGCGAGCUAGAAGACAUCUAUGAAAACGUCAUCAAUUGGACAAACGACGACGAGCUGAGGAGGGAGUACGAAGAGAAGUUGCUGCAGAGAGUGUACGAUACCCUGAUGGUUAUGCCGACAGGGAAGAAGGCUGCGAAGCGGGACAAGGUCAUGAAGCUGGCACAUGACAUGGUGGUUAUUAGACAUCCGUUCCUGCUCGCGUGGGAGAUUGAGCUAGAGUGGGGACAUGCAGCCGAGUAACCUACUGGGUUAAAAAUGAUUGAUUUACUUCUCGGCGUUCACGGGGGCAUAUACAGCGCGUCUAGGCCAAAAUACGCUGACUUGGGGUAUCUCGUGGCUAUUCAUAUCAUUUCUUUCCGUCUCAACGGUAUCCCCCGGCGUCUUGGGCCGCCGCAAUUCAAUAAAGAAUCUGAUUUCCCCGCAAGUCAGGCCGCAC